AUGUCUGCUGUGCGUGCUGUAGCUGCCCCGAACACACAAAUCUUGUCUUCUCUAAAACCACCUCUAAAUGUCGUCGUAGUUGGCGGUACAUCUGGUAUUGGUCGUGGAAUCGUUCUGACAUACCGUAAACAUUGUCCGGACGCGCAUGUGACAAUUAUUGGACUUGAUCAAUCUGGUGCCGAUGAAAUCCUCGAUCAGCUAGGUCCAAAUGGAAACUUUAUCCGUGCUGAUGUUUCAUUGAUGUCUGAAAUUCGAAGAAUUACUAAGCAAAUUACUGCAGUUGACGUACUCGUUUUAUCUCAAGGCAUGUUACCAGUAACUGGUCGUGCACCAAACAAAGAAAAUAUUGAUGAUAUAGCGGCUGUCAGUUAUUCUGGUCGAGUUUUAUUUGUCGAAGAACUUCUUCCAUUACUUCGAUCAUCUCCACAUGGUGGUAAAGUUCUCUUUGUUUUGAAUAGUAAAAGAGGCAAUCCAUCGAAAAUCCAUUGGGAUGAUAUGGCACUCGAAAACAAUUAUUCACUUUUCCCAGCUUUUAAUCAUGGCCAGGAAUUUACUGAUCUUGUCAUUCAAUAUCUUGCUUCUCAACCAGAGAAUGCUACGGUUAGUUUUGUACAUGCAGUUCCAGGUAGUGUUGGAACUCCUAUAGCCAAUGGUUUACCUUUUUAUCUUCGAGGUGCUAGAUCGAUUCGUCGCUGUGCAAUGUGUCGCGCUCUUUUCGUCGCAUGUCAUUUCGUCGCCUAUUCAUUUCGUCGCAUUCUCAAUUAG